UCAAUUUCUUAAACAUAAUGUAUCUAAAAAUAAUUAAGAUUUACCUGUAUGGCCUUUGCGUAAAAGUACCAGAAGCAAAACAGUUUAAACUCGAAACUUGAAAUACUAAAGUUGCUUGGAAAAAUAAAAGAUUUAAUUUUUAGCCAGUCAUCUUGGCAAAUAGAUUUAUUAAUUUGAAAACUUUUGAAAUGUGCUUGGAAAGGUACCAAAGACCCUGUUGUGUCCUACUCGGAAUUACGGCGAUAACAUUAGGAUUUUUGGAGAUGUCAUAUCAUUGCUACAAAUUAGUCACGAAAGAAUAUAAUAAUUGGCUAAUAGCAUCAAUGGUAGUCUGGUCCUUGCUUCUCAUUGCCGCAAUUCUUCUUAUAGUCGGCUCAUUAAAGAAAAUCCCCCGUCUUCUGCUGAUCUGGGUAAUAGUUGGACUAGUGUGUGGUAUUGCUCUGACUAUUAUUAAAGUACGAUUAAUGAUAUUUUAUCAUGGACAUUCAAGAUACGCUGUCGAUAUUCUGAGGGCCACGUACAGUAUAUUCUUUUUAUUAUUGGUCUUUAUUUGGUCCUACUACCCCUAUGCCUAUUUGCGUGAACUGCAAAAAAUACAACAAUAAUAAAUAAUAUUUUGUUAAUUAUAA